CCACGUAAAACCCACGUGGGCAGCUUAGACAAGUCUAUUGCUUUGGUUGAUAUAUUUGCAAGAUCGCCAUACUUCAAGACCUGACAAGGAACUGCUCAUUUACUUGGUCGAGUACAGAGCAUAGUUUGCGACAGCAUCGAUGGCGGGACAAGCACAGCGACAACAACCAGGACUUGCAUGUGAAGAAUGUCGACGAAAAAGGAUCCGCUGCGAUAGGGGAACCCCGCAAUGCAUGGCUUGUGCUACUGCCGGGGUGAAUUGCGUCGUGCGAGACAGCUGUCCCCCCAGAGGACCAAAGAAGGGAUAUCUCAAGACGCUACAGAAAAGAAUCGAGGACCUUCAAAGCCAGCUAGAAAAACAACAACGGGCUUCUCCUACUGAAACAAGAGCCUUCUCACCCUCCCAAGAGGGGACCACAGACAACGAAGGUGGCAGCGGGGGGAGCAGUACAGACCAUACGGAAAUUCAAAACACCACCAGCACCACUCCAGAAACCAUUGUGAAUCUCCCGCAAUGGCCGGCACCGGUGGAAUUCCAAGUGCCCAUGAUCCACAUGGAACCCUGGGGUUGUUUCGACGCAAGCUCGCCAUUUCCCUCCCUUCCCUCGGUGGACAAUCUUCAGGAGCUGGUUCAAAUUUAUAAGGAGCCUGAUUUUAUAAUAACACCUAUGAUGCACAACGACCUAGACCAGCUGUACUUUGAUCGGGCUUAUGCAUUUGCGCCAAUAAUUCAAACACACCGCUACCGGUCUUGGUCCAAGCAGGCAAGUAAGAGCAAGCAAAAAACCUGCCUACAGCAUGCGAUGUGGACGUUGGCUUCAUCCCUCUCCAGUCAGUUCCAAGACGAUGGGCGCAAAUUAUACAACAAGACAAGACAGCUUCUGCAUGCAGUCGAAUCCGACGAACCCUCUCAGCAAAUAUGCCUGGAGCAGGCCCAGGCAUGGACCUUGCUUGCCCUCUACGAGCUAACAUGUCAAGACUUCCACCGAGGGAUGAUGUCCGCCGGGAGGGCCUUUCGUUUGAUCCAGAUGAUGAGGUUAUACGAACUGGAUGUACCUCAAGCACCGGCUACCAUGCAACUAGAGCAGUAUCAAGGGCAACUCACUCUUCAGGGGCCAGUGCAAGAUGACUGGAUCGAUAUUGAAACCAAACGGCGGACCUUCUGGCUGGCAUAUACAAUCGACCGUUUCACGAGUAUGGUUGAUGGGCUGCACAUGUUCUUCGAUGAACGGCUGAUCCGUACCCGUCUACCGGCUCCCGAGGCGAACUUUGCCAGUGGUCGUCCCAUGGAGAUGAGCUUUCUCGCGGACAUGAUUCCGAUCGUCGACCUGGAGUGGCCGCACAACAACCUGUCAUCCUUUACUGAGAGUGUCAUCGGCGCUACCAUCUGUGGACGGGUUCUGGAACAUAAACAGAAACCUCCAGGCAGGCCUUGCCAGGAAUUCUGCCGUCGACAUCGUUCCCUGAAUGCACUAUUGGCUCAACGCAUCCGGAUGCUGCGAUUAUAUGCCUCAUUGGAAUACCCGGACCCUAUCAUCUCCUUUGUCACUCUAGCGGCCCAUAUCGCCGUGCUGAUGCUCUAUGACCUGAUCGAGUCCCGACCCCUAGGGACCGACCCACAAGGCACGCAGCUCACCCAAGCUCUCUACACCGAACACAAACAACAAUCGCUGGAUUCUGUGGCUGAUAUCGCUGUUCUAAUUGCCGUACUUGGGCAGCACUUUCAGAUGCACCCCCUAACACCCAUCCUACUCCUCCUCGCCGCCCGAUUCUCCCAAUCUCACCCCGGGCUCAAUGACGCCUACAUCAAACUCAUGCCCAGCAUCGUAACGACAUUACAAGCCUCAACUGGUCUCAACAAACUGGCACAAAAUUUCCUUUCCCUUUUAGAACCUCAGGGCGACAAUUGGUGUGCCUUGAUUUAGAAUGAUUGGAUUUAGAUAUGUAUUAAUGACGACAUGUACGAAGUGGCGUUGGUUGUAACUUUACGUGGGGUUGGAAUAUGUCUGGAGUUUUGGAGGUGGAAGCGCUAUUUUAUUUGCAUGUUCAAACAAAUAUACUCACUCUAGAGAUAGACUAGAAAGAAUACAUCCGAGAUAGAAGAAUUCUU